AUGGACUGUAAUACAGAAGCCAACUUAGCUGAUUAUCAAAAACGUCAACACAGAAAGCUCUUAGAAGUUAUGAUGCAAUUAAAUUGCAUAACUGAAAAUGUGCAACGGAUAAUAAAUCGCUAUAAUUAUGAGGAUCCUACGUACUCUGGAAAGAAAAUCUCUAUUACAGAACAUAAGAAACGAAGAAAUCUUUUCCUGGAGAAAAUAAACAGUCAUGCUAAGAGUGUUGAAAAUUCAGAAAAGACUCUUGCUUACAUCCUGGCCUGGUUGGAAGAAUGGAGUGGUUUUUUGCCUGAUAUGACUGAAGCUGAUAUUAAUGAGUACUACCACUGCAUAGCAAAACUUCAGAUUUUACCCACCACACUUAAGUCUAUUGAGAAUAAUGUUGAUACACUGUCUAGAAUUUGUACAUACUUGAUUGAUGAGAGAAGAAAACAAAAGAGAAAAACAGUAUUUAGAGGUACCCUAUGGAAAUCUUGGAAAGAAAGAGCUACAAAGCGACCUGCAACAGCCCAUGCUUUAAAACCAGAGCAGAUACUUAGUGACGACUUUGCAACAAAAACAAAGAUUUCAGAAAUCCAAGAUAUGUUACAGGAACUUGCAGGUACUUCAAUGUUCACUAAAUUGGAAAGCAAUGCUAUUAAGUAUAUAUCAGCAACAAUAUCAAGUCUUUCUAAAGCUUUGACUACACUAAAUGAUGAAGUAAAAGUAUUAACAGUCCAAAGUGACACUGGGCAAACAGAUGAGGAAGAUGAAAAUAAAAAAAAUCUAGUAAAUAAGCAAAUAAUAAGUUAUAUUUGUGAAAAAAAUGAAAUGCUUCAGCAGAGUCUUCAAAUUGCAGAAGAAAAAUACGAAAGACUUUGUCAGCAAGUAAUGUCCGCAACAUUCAUUAAACCACCACCUGAGCUUCCUCCCCAGUCAUCCUUGGCUAGUACCACAGGAAGCACUGCAGAUAAAGAAACUGAAAGUAUUGUAGAUGCGGGCCUUCAAAAAGAGGCCGGAACUUUGGGGAUGAAGUGGGACUCAACUGUUCCACAUAUAUAUGAAGAUGAACAGAUAUCCCCUGAUAAAGAAAUCUCCCAAGGCCAGUUAUCACAGAAGAGAAGUAGUUAUGGGAUUGAUCAGCCACAGAAAAAAAGGCAUGUUAGAAGCCUGAGUGCACCUAAGAUUUCUGGAUCAAAACACAGAAUUGAUAAAGACGAAGAGGAAAUUGAAGUCACCAAAACUGAUAUCCAAGUUGAGUUACCACCGCUGGAAGAGAUGAAAGAAGAAACAGGAUCAGACUCCACUCUUGUAUCCAAAAGUCCAGAUGUCUCUUAUGAUGCCUCUUCUAUUGGUCACAAGAGGAGUACAACUGAUCGAUUCAGGAAGAUCAAAUCUGCAUUUUUAUUUGAUAAAAAAGAUACAAAAGAUACUCGUUCAGACUAUUUAUUUGAUAAAAAAGAUACAAAAGAUACUCGUUCAGACUAUUUAUUUGAUAAAAAAGAUACAAAAGAUACUCGUUCAGACUAUUUAUUUGAUAAAAAAGAUACAAAAGAUACUCGUUCAGAGAGUACAGAGGAAGAGACCCCUGAGCCAAAAUACAAAGAUACUAGGCAAAUUGGUGAAGGACAGUCAAAAACAGGCCAAAUAAAGAUUCCCACUGAGAAAGUGAAACGAAAAAAGGGUACUCAUUCAGAGGCUACCAAAGAAGAGACCCCAGAGUCCAUACACAAAGAUUCUAGGCAGAUUGGUGAAGUACAGUCAAAGACAAGCCGUUUAAAGGUUCCUAUUGAGAAAGUAAAACCAAAACGCCAGAAACGGAUUUUAAAACUAGCUGCAAGUGAAGAAGGAGAAAUUGAUAAGAAUGUCCCAGCCUCCACCAAAUCCUAUAAACUUGAAAGUGCAUCUAAAAUAACCAGAGAGACUUCAGAAUUUACUAGAGAUCUAGAAAGUCAACAAGAUGAACAUGAACAGAGAAAUAUAGAGGACUUUCAGAAAUCUGUAGUAGAUUACCUAAAAGACAGAAUUAAGGAGGCAGAAAAGCUUUGGGAUAAAAAAACUUGGCACAAAGAGUUAGUAGACAAAAAAGAAGAUGAAGAUUUAGGAGUUAUAAAGGAACAAAUAGAGGAAUACUUUGAAAAAGUGGCUGACACCGUGACAGCUGUUGUGAAAAAAUACAAAGAUAUAAAAAAGAAGAAAAAAAGAGUAGACAAACAAAAAGAGGAAGACUCAAUUAUACCAGAAUUGAAUGUUCAGAUGCCAAGUACAGCAACAUCUGCAAUUAGCACCUCAGUCUCAUAUAGGAGCACGGACCCCAAAACUGACCAUUUAAUGCAAAGGAUGGUGACUGAAAUAGUAAGUGAAGGAGAUAUUUCAGGAGUCUCUGUAGAAGACAAAGACCAGGAGGAGCAAAAUAAGAAUCAAGAGGAUUAUUUACAAAAAAGUAAAGAAAAAGAUAUUGAUAUGAGUCUUAAGUCCCAGUCGCAAAAAGAAAGAGAUGAGAUGACAGAUCAGAAUUUAGAGAAGGGAGAAGCAGACUUCCACAUGGAAGAGGAAGAGCAAACAGAGGGGCAGGAAAAAGAGGUGAGGGAGAAGCAGCCAAAACAGAGGAUGCAAGUGCAGAUUGAACAAGGUAAAGGACAUGAAGAGAGGGAAGCGCAGCUUGGGAGGUCAAAGCAACAGCAACUGGAAGAAGAAAAGUAUAAAAUGACAUUGAAAGAAUUUCAGAUGACAAAAAGUGAGGAAGAGCAAGGGGAAAUGGAAUUUUCAAAGACAGAUAUUAGUAGGGAAAAAGAAGUGUUAAUGAAGACAGGAAAGAAAAAGACAGAAGACUAUGAAAGGAUCAUUCCUGUUUCCGAGGAAGAGGAUCCACAGAAGCAUAUCAUUGCCACAACUAAGCAAGAGCAGGAACUGGGGACAACUCUUCUUCCUGCGCAGGCUGAGCCAUCAGAAGAAUCUCUUACAUUAGAAUAUACCAAGAUGCAAGUACUGGGGGUCACCCAGAGACCAGAGCAGGCCAUAGUACCAGGGAUCACUGUUGCCCCUGAGCAGGCCAAGGUACCUGGGGUCACUCUCACCCCUGAGCAGGCCCAGGCUCUUGGGGUCACCCUCACCCCUGAGCAGGUCCAGGCAGGAGGGGUCACUCUCACUCUUCAACAGGCAAAGGCACUGGGGUUGCCUUUAACCCCUGAUCAGAUGCAAGUACCUGGGGUCACCCUAACCCCUGAGCAGGCCCAGGCACUUGGGGUCACCCUCACCCCUGAGCAGUCUCCGGUACCAGGGAUCACUCUUGCCCCUGAGCAGGCCCAGGUACCUGGGGUCACUCUCACCCCUGAGCAGGCCCAGGCUCUUGGGAUCACCCUCACCCCUGAGCAGGCCCAGGUACCUGGGGUCACCCUCACCCCUGAGCAGGCCCAGGCUCUUGGGAUCACCCUCACCCCUGAGCAGGCCCAGGUACCUGGGGUCACCCUCACCCCUGAGCAGGCCCAGGCACUUGGGGUCACCCUCACCCCUGAGCAGGUCCAGGCAGGAGGGGUCACUCUCACUCUGCAACAGGCAAAGGCACUGGGGUUGCCUUUAACCCCUGAUCAGAUGCAAGCUCUUGGGAUCACCCUCACCCCUGAGCAGGCCCAGGUACCUGGGGUCACCCUCACCCCUGAGCAGGCCCAGGCACUUGGGGUCACCCUCACCCCUGAGCAGGUCCAGGCAGGAGGGGUCACUCUCACUCUGCAACAGGCAAAGGCACUGGGGUUGCCUCUAACCCCUGAUCAGAUGCAAGUACUGGGGGUACCUGGGGUCACUCUGACCCCUGAGCAGGCCCAGGCUCUUGGGAUCACCCUCACCCCUGAGCAGGUCCAGGCAGGAGGGGUCACUCUCACUCUGCAACAGGCAAAGGCACUGGGGUUGCCUCUAACCCCUGAUCAGAUGCAAGAACUGGGGUUGACCCUCACCCCUCAACAGGAACAGAUGUUGGGGAUCACCCCCACCCCUCAGAGGGCACAGGAAUUAGGGGUCACCCUAACCCCUCAACAGGAACAGAUACUGGGGAUCACCCCUACACCUCAGAUGGCACAGGAACUGGGGAUCACCCCCACCCCUCAGAGGGCACAGGAACUGGAGAUCACCCCCACCCCUCAGAGGGCACAGCAACUGGGGGUCACACUCACCCCUCAACAGGAACAGAUACUAGGGAUCACUUCCACCCCUCAGAGGGAAAAAGAACUGGGGGUCACUCCCAUCCCUCAGAGGGCACAGGAACUGGGGGUCACCCUCACCCCUCAGAGGGCACAGGAACUGGGGGUCACCCUCACCCCUCAGAGGGCACAGGAACAGGGGAUUACCCUCACCCCUCAACAGGAGCAGAUACUGGGGAUCGCCCCUACUCCUCAGAGGGCACAGGAACUGGGGAUCAUGCUCACCCCUCAACAGGAACAGAUGCUGGGGAUCACCCCCACCCCUCAGAGGGCACAGGAACUGGGGAUCAUGCUCACCCCUCAACAGGAACAGAUGCUGGGGAUCACCCCUACCCCUCAGAGGGCACAGGAACUGGGGGUCACCCCCACUCCACAGAUAGCACAGGAACUGGGGAUCACCCCCACCCCUCAGAGGGCACAGGAACUGGGGAUCACCCUCACCCCUCAACAGGAACAGAUGCUGGGGAUCACCCCCACCCCUCAGAGGGCACAGGAACUGGGGAUCACCCCCACCCCUCAGAGGGCACAGGAACUGGGGAUCACCCUCACCCCACAAAUAGCACGAGAACUGGGAAUCACCCCCACCCCUCAGAGGGCACAGGAACUGGGGGUCACGCUCACUCCUCAACAGGAACAGAUGCUGGGGAUCACUCCCGCCCCUCAGAGGGCACAGGAACUGGGGGUCACCCUCACCCCUCAACAGGAACAGAUGUUGGGGAUAACUCCUGCCCCUCAGAGGGCACAGGAACUGGGGAUCACCCCUACCCCUCAGAGGGCACAGGAAAUGGAAGUCACCCUCACCCCUCAACAGGAACAGAUGUUGGGGAUCACCCCCAGCUCUCAGAGGACACAGCAACUGGGGGUCACCCUCACCCCUCAACAGGAACAGAUGUUGGGAAUCCCCCCCACCCCUCAGAGGGCACAGGAAUUAGGGGUCACCCUCACCCCUCAACAGGAACAGAUACUGGGGAUCACCCCUACCCCUCAGAUGGCACAGGAACUGGAGAUCACCCCCACCUCUCAGAGGGCACAGGAACUGGGGGUCACCCUCACCCCUCAACAGGAACACAUACUGGGGAUCACCCCCAGCCCUCAGAGGGCACAGGAAUUGGGAGUUACCCUCACCCCUUCACAGGCAAUGGGGAUCACUCCCAUCCCACAUCAGGUAAAAGAAGCAGGGGUCACCCCUACCCUUGAACAGGCACAGGGCAUCACUCUCACCCCUCAGCAGAGCCUGAGAGUCAUCCCCACCCCUCAACAGGCACUGUCACUAGCGAUUACCCACCCGACUCAGCAGGCAGAAACACUGGGCAUCACCUCCAUGUCUCAGGCAAUGGGGGUUACUCUCACUCAGCAGCAGAAACAGGCUCUGGGUCUUCCUUUGGCUUCUGAACAGGCCGAACAAGGCCAGGCCAUGGGAAUCUCCCUCCCUCCUGAGCAGGCGCAAGUAUUGGGGGUCCAUCCUACCCUUGACCACUCUCCAGCACUAAAGGCUCCUCUCACCAUGGAUCAGGCACGGAAACUGGCAGUUCCUCUUCCGCCAGGAAUGGUUCAGGAAGUAUCGAAAACAGUUACUCUUCAGCAGACCCAAGCUUUGGGGGACACUCCCUCCCAAGAGCAGAAGCAGACGGUAGGCACUCCUGCCCUGGAUCAGGCCCAGGUAUCGGGGCUUCCUAUCAUUCUAGAAAGUGCUGAUGAAUUGAUUAUCCCUCCCAGUUCUGAACAGACGCAGGCUCUGGGGCUGCCUCUCACCUCGGAUAAAGCCCAAGACUUAGAAUCUUCCCUCAUAUCUAAGCCAAUCCCAUCUGUGAAAGUCCCUUUCACUUCAGAUAAGGCCUCACCCCGAGGUCGAGGUCGUACUGUCAUGUUUGAACAGGACCUAAACUUAAAAGCCUCCCUCCUUAGAGAGCAGUCCUCCCCUGUUCAGGCUCCCUCCACUCUUAAACCUUUCCCCAAAUCAAAGAUAACUCAUCCCUUUGGGAAAUCCAUGACACCAAGCCAGGCCCAAGAAUCCUCUGCUCCUAUAGCUGAGAAGUCCUCCAAGACUGAGAGUUCUAUUGCUCCCAAGCCCAGCUUUGGUGCUCUGAAAUUCCCCCAAGGAACUAGGAUCCCCCCAAGCCUAAUUUCUAAAGGCUCCUCUUUACAAGUUCCUGCUACUAGAAAACAAGGGGUAUCAGUGGUCCCUCACCCUCCAGACCAGCCCCUUGCCCCAGGGAGGGAGAGCCAUAGCUUCAGGCAAUUUCUCACUCCUAAAGAUGUUCCGACAACCCGGCCACCCCUGAAAGCAAAGCGUUCUCCAGACUUCAGCCAGCCUCUGAUACCUGAAGUCCCACUCACCUCGAGACAGAUUCCUACUCCCUCUUCCUUUCCUGGGAAGCGUCUAGAAUUUGGACCCUUAACUUCCUUCAAGGAGGAGAAGCCGCAGUCAUUCUCUGCAGUCCCUAAGCAAUCUCCCCAGUAUCAAGCCCCUUCUCCCCUGGGGCAGUAUUGGGCACCAAGGCCUCUUUCAGGGAAAACUUUCCCACAAUGGAUUCCUCCCAUUCCUGGACAUCCUCCAACACCCCAAUCUCCCUCACCUUCUCAAGAGUUCCAAAGAGACUUUCCCUCUUCUGUCUCUAUGAAAAGAAAAGGAUUGCCUACUAUUUCUUCUCCGAAAGCUAAAUCAACACUGGCCUAUCCUGGUGCCCCACAAUUCAAAGCACCUCGAACCACAAUUGAGAGGUUCCCAGUGUCAAAGUCCUCUGACACUGCUGAAGAAAUCCAGAGACUCCGUGAUCCUCUUGCCAUGGAACCACUUAGAAUACUUCAAUCCUAUGAAACUGAUGUUAGCAGAGCAGUAUCACACAAGCCUUUCACUGAUGGGGCAGCCCUUCCCACUCUUGUGAAGUCUGUAACACCUCACAAACACCUCAAAACACCUCACAUCUCACCUUCUGAAUUGGACAAAAAAUCUCAACUCUCCCUUUUAAACAAACCCCUGUCAGUGAUGUCUGUUUCAAGCAUCAAGAAACCGAAGAUGACAGUGCCCUCUCCCCAAGAGCUUGAAGGACAGAAAUUCUUCAUUGAUGUGGAGGCUCAAAAGAAGAAUCUUAUACUCUUAAAUCAGGCCUCAAAAGCUGCCGGACUCCCUUCACAGCUACACACAACAGCUCGGAAUCUCAUAGUUGAGACACUUCACACAGACAGUGCUCAGAUGGGAUACCUGUUCCGCAAGUACAUCGCCUACAGACUCAUUCAGCAGGCAAGAAACAAUAUAAUCAAACGAAUGAAAGCCAUCCAAAACACUGGGAAAGGCUAUGAGUUUCAGAACCUCAGUAUCAUGCUAAGCAGACUUGAUGACUACCAAAAAAAGGUGAUGCAGAUCUGGAUGAAGAAGCAAAAGUCUAUAGAGGAAAAAAGGGAUCUGUGCCUAAGGGAAAUGAUAACCACAUUUAGCCAGCUCCAAGAGAUGUAUGGCUUGAAUCUUAGUCUACCCAUUCCCAUAAUCAAAGAGCAGACACCUGUAACCAAAGCACCUAGCAAACCUGUCCAACAACCAUUCCCAGAAGAACUAAUGGAAGAGGACAGAAAAUACCAUACUUUCAAGGAAUUUAGGCAACAAGGAGAUCAGAUGGAAGCCAUUUGGAACACUGAUCUGUCCACAUCAAGUUAUCCAAUAACAGAGAAGAAAUCAUUAAAUUUACUCUGGGAUGAACUGGGAGGGUACCCAGAUAUUCCUCUGCUACUCCAGUUAGAUAUUCAAUCUAUUCUCAGAAAAUCUCUUUCAUCUAUUCAGUCACGCAUCAGGAAAUUGCCAAAAGUCAAUGCUUGA